AUGACUCAGCAUCACGACCUCACCACCCACUGCACACGUGAUGAACUUACCUUCCGGAUGGAGUCACACCAGCCGGAACUUGUGGUUCGUCGUCUUGGUGCUUCCAUUGUCAACUACCCUUUCGAAAUAUCAUUUCGAUUCAAAGCUCCAUUUGCAAUGCCACGUGAUCCAAUUAUGAAUUUGAUUCAUGAAAACGAGGAUCCCGAUGAAGUUUUUGAUCCACCUUAUUUGAUCGAGGAUGGUGACGACGCCCCAGCGCGUCAUCCCACUCUGGAGCGCCUUUGGCGCCAAGGCACUGAAAGCCGCCGCUUGAUGGAAGAAAGUCAAUCUUUCACCAUCGCGGUGGCUUUCAAGAUUCACACGAAUGAUUCAGUCGAUGUGAUGCCCGGUAUGGUGAAAGCACCCUCUUCUUCGAAGGUAACCGCCAGCAAAAAGAAAGCACCACCACCUCCUACCACCGCCGUUAUUGAUUCAUCCGAUUUCAAGGAUGGACAGAUGUUGGACUUCAAAGUAUUCUUGUAUGGGAAAUCAUUGAAAGAAUUUAAGGACUUGAUUGGCGACGUUUGUGACGAUUAUUUCCCCGGGAUCAAGAAGGUCGUUCUUGAGAGUGCUUUAGCACCGAUGUUGACCUGGAACGCUAGUGUUGGUUCGAAGAAGAAUAAACUAAUCGAUUACAAGAAUUAUCAAGAGUUUGUGAACAACUUGGACAAAAGUCGUUCCUCAAAAGGUACGAUCAACAUCGUACUUCAGAAAGCUCAAGUGAAGGAAAAAAGAAAUGCACAGGCUAGUGGAGCAGUUGCUUAUAUAAAAGGAACCACUGGCCCGAACUCGAUCGAAGCCGAACUAGCCGCGUUCAAGGAGGAAACCGCCCUCGCGAAAGAGGAAAGUUUAAAGGUCACAGCGGCCAAAGAGUUGGAACUUGAGGCUGCUACCAUCUACAACAAACACCUCGAGCGCGCUCUGGGUGGCGAUGGGGCAGUGUUGUCGGCGCCUUGGGACCCUAACUACCUUUAUUGUUUUUCCCAGAGAUGUGCUUUCAUAUGGGCUAAAUGUAUCCGCGAUGGCUACACCACUCGAGCCAUACCUCCGAACACGAGGGAAUACAAGCGGGAGAUGGCUAAAAACGCUGUCAAACACCCCGACACAAACGUGGACAACCGUGUAAAAAACCGUUACCCGGUGGCUAGCCCCAACCUUCGCAGUUCUACUUCGAAAAAUGAAAACCGCCGCACCUUCUUUGCGAAUCGACCUGCCGAGGAUGUCAAGGUCAAGGUAGAACCUUUGAGUCCUUCUGACUCUAAACGCAAACUCAAACGCACCCCUUCCCUUCUGACCAGCGGGACUGUCAAGAAGAAAAUCAAACAGGAAUCUCCCACGGCAAAUACCCCCGAUAACGUCAUUUCCCUUCUCACCUCUGAGGAUCCACCCGAAUCCUCCAUGGGUCACGUUUCAGACUCGGACGUGGAGACUGAGGUCACCCAUUCAACACUUUUGGACGACUUUUUGGACGAAUGUGAGAUUCCUCGCAAUGACGUCUCUACUUGCACCAUCCUCCGCAACGCCAACGUUUCCUCUUGGACCGAUUUAGUCCCGAGUCUCCAAAUGACGGUUAAUGUGUUGACUGGACAUGGAUUGUCCUUCGACAUCGCUAGGCGCCUCUUAGAUGCUGCCCAAGAGGCCGACGCGGAAAUGAAGAAGGCCACUACCUCCAAAUGA